ACCCAAAAAAAACACUAAACUAAAACAAACUCUUGAAAAACCCACCACCUCCACCACCACCGUUAAAACCUUCUUCAUUUUCUUCAAAACCCCAAAGUUGAAGAAACCCAGACGUAAUCUUUUAAAUCUCUUCUUCUUAAUUUUACUGAAUAAUCAUGACUCGGCGUUCCACACGAUUAACUCGUUCCUCAACAAAAGCUAAAAGGACUGAGAAUCAGUGUGAUGGUGAAGAAGAGGAAGAUUUUAAUCCAGUUUCUGAUUUGGUUGAAUUUCAUUCUUUAAUUCACAGUGAUGAUGAUCAAGUUGAUGGUGAUAAGAAAGAAGAGAAAGAUGACAAAGUAUUUAUAAAUUUCUUGGAUUAUAAGGGAAAAGGAAAGGAAGUAAUUGAGAAUAGUGGGGCGGAUACUGAUUCGGACCAUUCUGAUGAACUAGAUGACUAUUUUGUUAUGGAUUCUGAAGAUGGGGAAUCAGAUGAUUCAUCUUAUGCUCAACAUGGAAGGAAAAUCACAAAGAAGGCAAAGCCUAGCAGAUCGGCGCAACCAAUAGACUUGGAUUUUUCUGCUUUUGCUCAACAAGAUGCGGAAAUGCGUAUGGAUGAAGAUGGAGUAGCUCAUUUUGUGAACCUGAAUAUAGGGUUAGAAGUUCCAAAUGAAGAAAUAAACGUACAUAUGAAUGAAGCUGGAGAAGCUGUUGAUAAUAAUGCGGCUCUUGUGCCAAUGAAACGGAAAAGGCAGAGAAAAAGAAGAGGAAGAAAAGGUGAGGUUAGAGCACCAUUAAUUUGGGAGCUUUGGGAGGAUGAGAAUGACGAUUGGAUUGAUCAGAUGGAAGCAAAACCUGUUGCCUCAAGUUGUCAGGAUGAAGAGAUGGAAGCUACUGAGGCACCUUCUGAUCUGCUCACGCCUCUAUUGAGAUACCAAAAGGAGUGGUUAGCUUGGGCCUUGAAGCAGGAGCAGUCUCUUAACAGAGGGGGAAUCCUUGCAGAUGAGAUGGGAAUGGGGAAGACUGUCCAAGCCAUUGCACUUAUUCUUGCUCAAAGGAAGAUGUCUCAAACUGGGUUUGCGAACUCACCAAAUGCGUCAACUGCUUUGCCUGAAAUAAAAACCACUCUUGUUAUUUGCCCUGUGGUUGCUCUUACUCAGUGGGAGAAUGAGAUUCACAAAUUCACUCCGAAAGGGAGCAUCAAAGUGUUAAAGUAUCAUGAUAAGGGUAGACAGCAGUAUGCUGAUAAGUUUCAUGAGUAUGAUUUCGUCCUGACCACAUACUCCAUCGUUGAGUUGGAGUACAGAAAUAACAUGCCAUCUAAAGAACGCUGUAUCUACUGUGGGAAGUUGUAUGUUCACAAGGCCAUGAAAAAUCAUCUGAAAUAUUUCUGUGGUCCUAAUGCUGUGAAGACUGCAAAGCAGUCGAAACAAGUGACAAAGAAAGGAAAAGAAGGGUCAAAAUCUUUUAAAUCAAAACAAAAGCUUCCUGUCCUAGAUGGUUCAAGUGAGUCUGAAGGUAGUACAGCAGAGAAGGCUAGAAAGAAGACUAAAAAGCGAGGAGACCAGAAGUCAGCGCCAGGGGUUAGUUCUCCAGCAGCUGGUCAAGCAGGUGUAGAACAAGAUUCAUCAACUAGGAGAUCGAUCUUGCAUCUGGUGAAGUGGAACCGCAUCAUUCUGGAUGAGGCCCAUUUCAUAAAAGAAAGACGCUGUAAUACUGCAAGGGCAGUUUUUGCUUUAGAGUCUUCAUACAGGUGGGCCUUGAGCGGCACUCCCCUUCAGAACCGUGUUGGGGAACUUUAUUCGUUGGUCCGUUUCCUGCAAGUAUCCCCUUACUCAUAUUACUUCUGCAAAGAUUGUAAUUGCAAAACCCUAGAUCAUAGCCCUGAUUCUCAGUGUCCAAACUGUGAUCACAAAUCUGUGAGGCAUUUUUGCUGGUGGAACAAGUUUGUGGUUAAUCCAAUACAAAAAUCUGGAAACAGCGAAGAAGGAAGAAGAGCCAUGACUUUACUAACAGGCAAACUUUUGAAGAGUGUUGUGCUACGACGUACUAAGACAGGCAGGGCUGCAGAUCUUGGUCUUCCUACAAGAAUUGUCACCUUGAGGCGGGACACUCUGGAUAUUAAAGAAGAAGACUAUUAUGAAUCAAUAUAUAAUGAAAGUCAGUCACAGUUUAAUACAUAUGUUGAAGCUGGAAACCUGAUGCAUAAUUAUGCUCACAUUUUUGAUCUGCUGACACGAUUGCGACAGGCAGUUAACCAUCCUUACCUAGUGAUCUACUCCCAGAGUGCAGCACAAAGGAAUGCGAUUGAUGACAAUGGUGGAGGCAAAGAUUGUGGUCUUUGUCAUGACCCGGUGGAAGAUCCAGUUGUUACAUCUUGCUGUGCGCAAGUUUUCUGUAAGGAUUGCUUGACAGAUUACUCUGCUGAAUCAGGAAAAGUAACAUGCCCUUCUUGUUCAAAACCAUUAACCGCAGACUUCACAAAAAAGAUAGAUCCAGGGGACCAGCGCUCUAAAACAACUGUAAAAGGUUUUAGAAGUGCUAGUAUUUUAAACAGACUUCGUCUUGAGGAUUUUCAGACAAGCACGAAAAUUGAUGCCCUGCGAGAAGAAAUAAGAUAUAUGAUUGAAAAGGAUGGUUCUGCCAAAGGGAUUGUAUUCAGCCAGUUCACUGCAUUCUUGGAUUUGAUACAUUACUCCCUCCAGAAGUCUGGUAUAAGUUGUGUCCAAUUGGUGGGGAGUAUGACAAGGCCUGCCAGAGAUGCUGCAAUAAAAAGAUUUACUGAAGAGCCAGAUUGCAAGAUCUUCCUUAUGAGUUUGAAGGCUGGAGGUGUUGCUCUCAAUCUGACGGUCGCGUCACAUGUUUUUCUGAUGGAUCCCUGGUGGAACCCUGCUGUCGAAAGCCAAGCUCAAGAUCGAAUACACCGUAUAGGGCAGUAUAAACCAAUAAGAAUUGUUAGAUUCAUAAUCGAGAGCACUGUUGAGGAGAGGAUUUUAAAACUUCAAGAGAAGAAGAAAUUAAUAUUUGAAGGCACUGUUGGCGACUCUUCAGAGGCCUUGACAAAAUUGACAGAAGCAGAUUUGAGAUUCUUGUUUUCCUAAGAUGCCUAAGCAUGAAGUAGGGCAACUUGUAGGUGAAUUCUAUUUGAUAGGCGACUAAUUUUUCAAUGCAAAUGGAGGAUGGCCGUUUUUGGUGGAAUGAGUUUUAUAUCUUGAAACCCAUGGUUAUCACUAGUUGUAUGAUUUUGUAAUUAAAUUUUGGGUACGCGGAUCUCCAUAUAAUUAUGUUUCAGUGCUAUAUAUAUGCUUAGAACCCUUCCUCUUCCA